CUUGGAGUCUUCCGGCGUCGUAACAUUGUCCUUUGAGAUUCUCUCACUUUCGUCUCCUUGCUCUUUGGUAUUCCCUCACAGUCUUCUUCGUCUCUGACUCAAUUUGCCACUAUCUGAGCUACGUCGUCGCCGGUUCGAGGCGCCGGAUCCCUUCUUUUAAGCCCUUAAUUAAUAAAUGAUAUAUAUUGCUCAAUUUCGUCUGCUGCUUUCUCAGUCGAAGUCUGUUUAGCUUAAUUCGGUUGAGGUGGGUUUAGGAUUGUGCUGUUGCCUUGGGUUCAUCUUCUAUGCCUAAAUCUUGGAAUCAUGCGGACCCUUCUCUUAGGAGAUGCUAAAAACUUGAGAUGGAGGAACUCACCGGAAUCUUGAAGAACAAUAGGACAGAAGAUAUUGCUUGGUUUUGCUCUCUCUCGGAAUCUGAACUGGAUUUGCUCAUUAGCUUAAAGAAGUUAGCCAUUCAAAGAGUCAAAAUAAGUGAUCACGAAGAACUAGCUGGGCAUCUUGAUUUUAAGAUGCUCCGAGCUCACGGGCUUGUGCUAAUGGAGUAUGUAAGAAAAAGGGUACAAGUUGAUACUUCCCUUGCCCCAAGUGCUGUUCAUCAACUGAAGUUUUUGGAUAACUGCAAUUUGUUGAAAACUCAUGUCGAUGAUACUAUAGACAUUGAGUAGGUUCUGACUGAAAUCUGCAAGAUCAAAAAGAACAUCAAAAAGACCGAUCAAUUCAACAAGGAAAUAUCGGAAAAGGUUGGUUGGUAAUCUAAUCACAAAUUGGAUCUACCUUAGUUGCCUGCCAACUAGAUUUGUUUUGCAUUCCUUUCGUGUUUGAAGGAUGCGUUUUAGAACUCGCUUCUGUUUUGGGGAAAUUUGACUGUUAACAUUGAGUGGAAGAAAUCAGGAUGCUUAUCAGAGGGAGCACACAAGAUGGAUUUGACGAAAAAUCGACCAGCAUGGCCACUGAUCCUAUUUCUCUGGUCUCUCUGUCAAAGUGCUUGAUGUUACAGAGACAUGGUGGACUCAACGGUCCAGGUUAAUUGAGGAUGGCUUCGUUGAGCUUACCUUGAAUAGUGAUAUAGCAUGAUUAGCCCAAAAAAAAAGGCUCUACUUUGUGGUGUCUGGGGUAUAUUUAGAAAAGUUGUAUAUCGUCCCUUUAUAUUUAAGGCAUGAUUAGUUGAUUUCAUAUCAAAAGUUGCUUGGUUUGAG